UGCUGUCGUCGCUGUCGCCACUAUAUCGCUGCUAUUCCCGCGUAGUCCGCCCAGCUGCGCGGAGACAUCUUCACUCGCCGAGUUGCCGCGCGUCGCGUUGGUUCGCCGCAGUUCCGACCGACCUCCCACCGCAGUCGCCAUGUCUGCUGCCGCCCAGUGCCCGCCCCCUCGCGCAGGCGGAGGAGGAGACACGACACUGGCCGCCCUGGGUGCCCACAUGGCCCCGUGUCGCGACACCACGCCCGAGCAGUUGGCCCAGCUGAUAGACGCCCACUUGGGCGAUUUGCGCCAGGAGCAGCCCAACUGGACCAUCAGCUCCUCCAAGGUGGCCGGUCGCGGCGUGUUCGCCACCAGAGACAUAGCCGCCGGCGAGCUGAUCUUCCAGGAGCGAGCCUUGGUCACCGGGCCGACGGCGCGCAAGGGCCAACUGAGCAGCUGCAUCUGCUGCCAUGAGACGCUGCCGCAGACGGGAUUCCUGUGCCGGCAUCGCUGCACCCUGCCCGUGUGCGAGACCUGUUCGGAUUCCGAGGAGCACCAGGCGGAGUGUGAGCACUUCCGCCGCUGGCAGCCCAAGGACGUGGAUGCCGAGCAGGAGCAGGUGAAUCCACUGUCGCUGCGGAUCCUGACGGCAGUGCGCGUCUUCCACUUGGGUAAGGAACAGCGGCAUCUGGUGGACGCCAUGCAGGCGAAUGCGGAGCGCGCUUAUCGGCGUGAGAUCAUCCAGGCGGCCCAGUGCUUCCGCAACUUCCCCACCACAGAUCGGGUGUUCAUGGACCAGCUGUUCCGCAUCGUGGGCGUGCUCAAUACGAACGCCUUCGAGGCGCCCUGCCGCUCCGGUGGCCACGAGACUCUGCUGCGUGGUCUGUUCCCGCUGACGGCGAUCAUGAACCACGAGUGCACCCCAAAUGCUAGUCACUACUUCGAGAACGGGCGAUUGGCGGUGGUGCGGGCUGCGCGCGAUAUUCCCAAGGGCGGCGAGAUUACCACCACCUACACCAAGAUCCUCUGGGGUAACCUCACCCGGAACAUCUUCCUCAAGAUGACCAAGCACUUUGCCUGCGACUGCGUGCGGUGUCACGACAACACUGAGAACGGCACCUACUUGUCGGCGCUCUUCUGCCGAGAACAGGGUUGCCGUGGCCUGGUGAUUCCCGUCCAGACGCGGACACUGCAGCCGGACUGGCGUUGCAUCACCUGCGAGAACGUGUUCCCGCACGCGAAGAUGGCCAAGUACCAGGACUUUGCACUGAACACCAUCAACAACAGGAUCAACUCGUGCAGUGUGCAGGACAUGAUCCACUUCAUCAACGAGAUGUGUCCGCGCUUCUGUCCCUCCUCCAACUACGUGCUGAUCGAGGCCAAGCUAAAUGUGAUCUGGCGGAUGACGAGGUUCGACCACGAGGAGUACACCCCGGAGGAGAUGGGCCACAUGGAUCGCUACCGCGAGGAGGUGUUGGCCAUCAUCCACAAGCUGGGCGCCGGAGAGUGCACCCUCAAGAAGCUGAUCACUGGGGAGAUUCAGUAAGGGCAUCCUCGCCUCUCGAACUGUUAAACUCUACUUUUUUUUUUUGAGUGUGAAUGAAUGAGUGCUUUUGUGAUUGCGUAUUUUUCGGUGUUUGGUGCAUUGCAUCCGUGCCCUUUGUUGCUAUUUUAUUCACUUUUCUAGUCACUUAAGGAACCAAUAAACACCAACCCUUUCGAA